UCACUGCCGGAGUUGGAGGAGUUCAUGAUUACACUUUUAUCCGAUCUGUACCUUUGGGAGCAACUUGCCGGCAGAGCUCCGCACGGGGGAAUGCACUUUAACAACGACACCUGCAUCCGUAAACAAGCCAACAAGAACAACACCGUUGUGUCAGCAUGGCGGACUUAAAUGUUUCCAGUCUUUCGUCAAACCCUAGGCCGUCUGUUGGGGCUUGUUCAACCGAAAAUUCUCCUGUUUUUGGAAAAGCCCCGUCCCAGGUGACCGUGAAAAGACAAGCCGUGAAGAGACACCACCACAAACACAACCUGAAACACAGGUACGAGUUUCUGGAGACCCUGGGGAAAGGAACCUACGGCAAAGUGAAGAAAGCCAAGGAAAGAUCCGGGAGACUGGUUGCCAUAAAGUCGAUCAGAAAGGAGAAGAUCAAAGAUGAGCAAGACCUGGUUCACAUUCGCAGAGAAAUUGAGAUCAUGUCCUCACUCUGCCACCCGCACAUCAUCACCAUAUAUGAAGUAUUUGAGAACAAAGACAAAAUUGUGAUAGUGAUGGAGUAUGCCAGCCGGGGAGACCUGUACGACUACAUCUGUGACAAGAGGAGCAUCUCUGAGCGGGACACCAGGAGCUUCUUCAGACAGAUUGUAUCUGCUGUGCACUACUGCCAUCAGAAUGGAAUAGUACACCGAGACCUGAAACUGGAGAAUAUUUUACUAGAUGGCAACGGCAACGUGAAGAUUGCAGACUUUGGCCUGUCCAACCUCUACCAGCGUGAUGAGUUUCUCCAGACCUUCUGCGGCAGCCCUCUGUACGCCUCCCCGGAGAUCGUCAAUGGACGGCCUUACCGUGGGCCGGAGGUGGACACCUGGUCUCUUGGUGUGCUGUUGUACACGAUGGUUCACGGCACCAUGCCAUUUGAUGGAAACAACCACAAGGCAUUGGUCCAACAGAUCAGCACUGGAAACUAUCGUAAACCCACCAACCCCUCUGAUGCAUGUGGGCUUAUACGUUGGAUGCUAAUGGUAAAUCCCGAGCGCAGGGCCACAAUAGAGGAGAUUGCAGGACACUGGUGGCUUAACUGGGGCUACCAGCAGCCAUUACUGGCCGAAACAAAAAGCAGUCCACUAGAGCAGACCCCUUCACCAGCCUCCCCCUCCACAUCACACCCUGCUGGGCUGGCUAGCAUUGCUAGUUGGCUGCGCCGUACAUCAAGACCUUUGCUGGAGAAUGGCUCCAAGAUGCGCUGCCUGCUCCGUUCGCCGGGCGGGGAUGUAGUCCGGCAGCGCUCUCUGCGAAGGUCACGAAAAGAAAACAAUGUCUCCCAGAGCAUUCAUGAAGUAAGCACAGACAGUCGCCCCUAUAAGGGUAUUUUAAAGAGGCGCAACAGUGUGAAACAGAAGGCCCUGAGUGAAGCCCCUGCUGUAAGUCCAGUGGAGCCUCAGAAAAUGUUGGGUGAUGCUACAGCGGCUAAUGCUCCUUCGGCUAAUGCUCCUUCGGCUACACUGCUGCCCCGCAAAGGUAUCCUAAAGAAGCCCACCGAGCACGAGUCCGGGUACUACUCCUCCUCUCCUGACAACAGUGAUUCUGGCUGGGCACCACAAACUAAAGAGUGCCCUUCAGCACCAACCCAUAAGAAAGGCAUUUUGAAGCGCAAUGGAAAGUUCUCCUCCGGCAGGCUGCAGGAGUUUGGCUCUCUGGACCAGCUGGCAGCUUCUUUACCGUGCACAGGCGCCAGGUCGAGGCCGAGUGGCGCCAUCAGCGAGGACAGCAUUCUGUCUUCUGAGUCCUUUGACCAGCUGGAUCUGCCAGACCAUGUACGACAUCCAGCACAAGUGGAAACACCAGCCAAGCCUAGCUUGAGAGGAUGUGUGUCUGCUGACAACCUGCUGGAUAUCAAAGAAGACAGGAUGCUGGGGGCCGGGCCACUGAGGUCCUGGAACUGCUACGAGGCUGGAGUGGCUGACAGUGCCUUUUCCAUCACAGACUGCGAUAAUGUUACAGAGGCUUACAAGCAGGCCGUGGUUACACGAGGCUCUGCAGCAAGCUGAAGUCCAGUUAUUAUUGAAGAACACUGACUAAAGACUUGUUUUUCAGAAGUUUUGACGAACAGCUAACUACUGAAUACUCAAAAGCCAAAGUGCAUUAAGCGAAAUCACUAGUAAAUGUUAGUAAUAAUGAUCAGCUAACUUCAGGGAUUUGCACAGUACCAAAAACACAAGAGGUUUCUUGUUAAACAUCCAAUUGUAUUGUAUGGUGAUUGGGGCCUGUAAUUUGAGUAAAACAGGCUAUAAAUAACCAGAUGGCACAGUAUUUUUAUAAGAAUGAUGCUGCAGUUAAACAUUUCCAUUUCAAAGAACCUCAGUGAAAGAAGCUGAUGUGGGUCAAAAACUCUGGUCUACUACGUCAAAAACAGUGUGUUAAACACUUUGCUCAGUGACAAUUGACAAAAAAACUGACUAACAGUCAGCGGUUAUUUGAAUAUUGCUUAAGCCACAGAGUAAGUGUAUUUUAUUCUCCACAGGACAGUUUGAUAAAGUGUUUACAAUUUAACAGCUGAUAAUCCGUGAACCUUCACUCUUUUUUUAAGCAAUAAUGACUAGAUGUAAUGCUAGGAUGGGUAUUUUACAGCUUUAACUGAGCUUUGGGUAUGAGGAAAAUGACAUUUCAUGGAUACCAAAGAUGAAAUUUGCUGUCAUUGGACUUUUUUUGUUUGUCUUUAUUCAAAGCAAUAUAAAAAAGUUCCAAGAGGAACAUUUGUUUGUAACAGGGACUUCAGCUCUCAAAGAGCAUUUCUUUUCAAUUGUUGUUUUUUUUCUUCUUGAAAUUACUUGUUUCGAGUUUGGAUAAUACUUGAAUGAUAAUCAUGACGCAUAUGACUCACAUUGAGCAUAACCAGUUGAACCUGCUUUUGGCUCCUGAGCACAACAGCACAGGUCAUUCACUCUGUGUGCAGGUGGCAGUUUCACAGGAAAGGUGGGGCUUACGUAAGUUUUUUUGAAAGUUUUGCAGGUCACAAGUUGAAAUUCUGAAAAUGGUGCCCCAGCUCUCUCCUCUAGGUUGUGUACAAUGUAUAGCCCUUCAACUGAAUGUACAAGAUCAGUCAUGGAGCUCAGGUGUAUGCAUUUUAAUUUAAAUAUCUUGACACGAGCGGUGGUACAGUAUUUCACAAAGCCGGAUUAGAAGUGUGUCCUUAAACUAAUAAAGCAUUAUGUUUCCAAAUGUACAAUUGUAAAAUUGUGAUUUAUAAAUGCUGAUAAGGAUCAUUAAGUUUGACACGUUAUCUGGUUCCAACUCCUGCUUUAUGAAUGGCCUCCUGGUAAUCAGGGAAAAAGGGAUUCUUUCUUUCUGUAUGAAAUGUCACGCUGCAGUUGCUUAAUUGGAUUGGCCUGCUGGGAUUAAAUUAGAACAUAAACCCAGGCCUGGAACAUUUCCGCACUAUCCCCCCAUGGAAACCUGAUGCAUACAAUGUAUUUAUCAGCUAUAAUUGAAGUAUUAAGUUAUUGUAUAAUAAGUUGCAGUACCCAGAUGCUGCAAAGCCAUGCUUUUGUUAAGGAACUGGAAUGGUAAAAUGUGUAUAUUUUCAGUUAUUUAUGGUUAUUUCUUUGCCAAAAUAAGAAUCUGAUCAGGAAUGUAAAGCCUAUACAAAUGUAAACUGCCUUAUUUCAACUGGAAGUUAUUGUCAUUCAUUUCUAUUGUCACAGAAAUCGGAAUAUUUUAUUCUUGAUGUGUGACACAGAGGAAGACGGGUCUAAAAUGGUAUCUUUCAUUUUUUUUGUACAAUAUAUAAAGUGCGUUUGGGCAUUUCAUUACUGUUUAUCUUUCCCCCUUGACCCAGAAGUUGCAGGUUCUGUUAAUAUUAUUUUCUUUAACAGCAACAAACCCUGUUUGCCAAAGUUACUGGGCUUAUCGUUUAUAUGACCGUGUGAUAUGCCAUGCUGUUAUGCCUGGGAUGAGGAAAUCAAUAAAAAAAAAUUGAGAACUUGAA